AUGAUGGAUGCGAUGCAGAGCCGCCUUCAGGCGAUGGAGCCUGCUCAAACUCGGAGCGAUGCUCAGUUGGACUUGCCGAUUCGCUUGCAGCAAUCCGGGGCACCGCCCUCGUCGUCGUCGCCAGCGCCUCAAAGUUUACCUGGUAAGGAUCCCGGUGCGGCUUAA